AUGGUGGAGCCCACAAAAGAUCUAGAACUAGCCAGCCCCGGGAGCAGCCUCUCCCUGGCGGGUGGGGCGUCCUCCCGCAACAGCCGCUGGGCUGUGACGCUGCUGGCAUUAUCCAACGUCGUGACGCUGGCGGUGCUACUACGACCUGCUGGACCACAUAAACAACAAGACUUCAACGACGCAGCAAAAGCGCGAGGUGCCCAAGGACCCCGGCUGGAACAGGGAGCACCUGAACCAUUGUUGGGACUAUCUGCGGCAGAACAUCAUGUGCGCGGCCGAGGUGAGAGGCGGACGAAUAACAACUGGGGUUUGUUGAGGGGCGAGGGCGAGAGGAUCCCGCUCAAGAAGGACAAGAGGGUCAAUAGGUGGACGGGGCAGCCCAAGACGGCGGCUACUGGCUUGUGA